AUGAGAUCCAAUGACUGGAAGCUGAAGAUCGAGAAAUUCAGGCUGAAAGGUGGCUCAUCAGGCAAAGGCACUGCUCUCCGAGGCAGAUCUGAUGCUGAUCUCGUAGUAUUUCUCAGCUGCUUCAAAGGGUACAAGGACCAGGAGGAGAACCGCACAGAGAUCAUCUGGGAGAUCAGGAGGAUGCUGGAAAAAUGCCAGCAGGAGAAGCGCUUUGAGGUGAUCAUUGAGGUGUCCAGGUGGGAGAACCCCCGAGUGUUGAGCUUCCAGCUGCGAUCCAGAAUGCUAGAAGAAUCCAUAGAUUUUGACGUGCUGCCGGCUUAUGAUCCCCUGGGCCAGCAUGUUUCUGGUUACAAGCCCAGCCCUGAUGUAUACCUGGACCUGAUAGGCAGCUGCUCCCGGGGCGGUGAAUUCUCUACCUGCUUCACUGAGCUGCAGCGGGAUUUUGUCAUGGAUCGUCCCACCAAAGUCAAAAGCCUGAUUCGCUUGGUGAAACACUGUAUGUCCGUCCUUACAAAGCGCAGCUGAGACAGGGAGAGUCCCUGCCACCCCAGUAUGCCCUGGAGCUCCUGACUAUCUAUACCUGGGAGAAGGGGAGUGGAGAGACAGACUUCAGCAUGGACGAG